AUGGCAUUUUUAGACAAAAGAGACAAAAAGUACAUUGUGGGCUCAAGAGGCACCAAAGGGGCUGUGGCAGGGAGUUGGGCGGCUGUAGGAGGCUUUAUGCAGUUGGGGUCACGGCUGAGAAGUGGCUGGGCCGUACGGCUGGCAGAGAGGAAGGCUGGUGGGAAGUUGCUGGGCCAGGUGGGCUGCUUGUGGGCCUUGGAGCUUGGGCCUUGGAUUGACAAGCUGAAUGUGGCUGUUUUGGAGGAGAGGUACCGAAUUGUUAGAAGUGUUGGAGAGGAGUGCAUUCAAGAGGAUGAGCUCCGGAAUUUAUUAGCAAAGAAGCCUGAGCCUAUCUGCUAUGAUGGGUUUGAGCCGUCUGGUAGAAUGCACAUUGCUCAGGGUGUUUUGAAGACGAUAAGUGUGAACAAGCUUACCUCUGCUGGGUGCAAAGUGAAAAUCUGGAUCGCGGAUUGGUUUGCACAGCUUAACAAUAAAAUGGGGGGUGACUUGAAAAAAAUUGAGACUGUUGGCCGCUACUUAAUUGAGAUAUGGAAAGCUGUUGGUAUGGAUCAAGAAGGAGGCAAAGUGGAGUUCUUAUGGUCAUCAAAGGAGAUUAAUGCAAGAGCACAUGAGUAUUGGCCUAUUGUAAUGGAUAUAGCUCGCAGGAAUAAACUUCCAAGGAUAAUCAGGUGUAGUCAAAUUAUGGGACGAAGUGAGCAAGAUGAGUUGACUGCAGCCCAAAUUCUCUACCCAUGCAUGCAAUGUGCUGAUAUAUUCUUCUUGAAGGCUGACAUUUGCCAGUUAGGAAUGGAUCAGCGAAAAGUUAAUGUACUUGCAAGAGAGUAUUGUGACGAUAUCAAAAGAAAGAACAAACCUAUUAUUUUGUCACACCACAUGUUACCUGGAUUACAGCAAGGACAGGACAAGAUGUCUAAAAGUGACCCAUCAUCCUCCAUCUACAUGGAAGACGACGAGGCUGAGGUGAAUUUGAAGAUAAAGAAAGCUUACUGCCCUCCAAAGAUUGUGGAAGGGAAUCCAUGUCUAGAGUACAUUAAAUAUCUUGUUUUAGCCUGGUUUCACGAGUUCACUGUGGAGCGAGGUGAACAGAAUGGUGGGAACAAGACCUACAAAAGCUUUGACGAUUUAACCGCUGACUAUGAGAGUGGGGAUCUUCAUCCAGGCGACCUUAAACCCGCCUUAUCAAAGGCAUUGAAUAAAAUACUACUGCCUGUUCGAGAACAUUUUAAGAAUGACAGUAAUGCAAAAGAACUCCUGAAAAGGGUCAAGGCUUACAGAGUAACAAAGUGAUGUUGACAAUGGAGCUUUAAAGAUUUUGCCUCAUCCCUUUUGUGCUUACUAUAACUGGAUUUUAUAGAAUGAAAAAGAAGAGGGUUUGAUAUUUGAGAUUGUAGGGAAUUUAAAAUAAUAAAUGCUCAGCUAUUUAGACUAACAGUAUUUAUUCAGCAAGCAUAAAUAGUAAAUAUCAAAUUGACUGAGUUAGCUUUUACUACUUUGUUGUUGUACUUCAUUUUUUUUUACCUGAGAAUUUCUCUAGUUUGAUUUGUUUCACACAGUUUAUGAAUGGCACAUGUCUCUUUUCUUAA